CAAACUUAUGAGGAGAGUUCAGUGUCCUUCAGUUGUCCGUAUGAGUCUAAGUACCAGAACAGCCUGAAGUACAUCUGCAGAGGAAACCAGAGAUCCACAUGUCUGCAGCACGCACUAAUCUCCUCUGACAACAAACAAAAGGGACAGUUCACACUUACAGAGGACCGGGCAUCGAGGAAAUUCACAGUGACCAUUACCAGUUUGACCCAAAAUAAUUCUGGGUCGUACCUUUGUGGUGUCCAUGGAAACACUGGCCUGGAUGUUUUCUCUGCUUAUGAGCUAGAGGUCAAAGAGUGGUGCUGUGUGAUGUCACACAACCUGAGCGGCAUUGUGGGACAACCAGUAACUAUGCAGUGUCCCUAUCCACCACAACACAGGGAAAACAGGAAGUUCCUCUGUAAGGGAGACCACCGCAAAAACUGUGACGACAUGACGACGAGUCAAAGCAGGUUCAUGCUGCAAGAUGAUGUUGCAUCCAGCUCUUUCUCAGUGACGACCACAGAGCUGAAAGCAGGGGAUGCUGGGACAUACUGGUGUGGUUCAGACUCACAGUGGAGUAUUGGCAAUUACACCAAGAUUCAACUGUCACUAGACUUUCAGCAGCCCAGCACUGUGAUGUCUAUCAACGUGGUUCCUACCUUCACUGUGGUGGAACCUGUCAGAUCACAAACAACACCUAUCCCUGGAAAAGAGAUCAAAGAUUUAUCAAAAUCAAGACGUAGCAUACUCAAAGCAGCGGAUCUCCAAACCCCAGAGCGCCUCUCAACAGUAUGACACAGGUGAAGCCGACCAAGAUUCUGUGUACCAAAACGUCACCACAACAGAUGAUAUCUACUGUAAUCAAAUCGUAAUUAAAGGCAAUAGGAGAUGAACAUCAUGGACAUCUGUGAUCAAUCGUUGUAUUUUCUGGUCACAUAUGUUCCAAAUGAUCCUGUUUGUAUCUUAGUUAACAGUUGACCAGCAAAUAUUCACAUAUCGCUAUGGUCCAACCUUUUCAUUGUCUUACUGAAAACUACAGUAAUAUAAUUAUUUGUACAGAUUUGUUUUAUAAUUACCAUCAGUUAUGUUAAGUACUUAUUGUCAUUGCGCAUUUAAUUUCUUCAACUUAGAUUUUACAGUUUUGCUUUUACUUUUACACUCAUUAUGAUUGCUUAUUGUUAAUAUAACUGUUGCACACCUGUAAUAUAAGAAUUGUAGGCAUGAUAAACAGUUCACCUACAAGCUAAAUACCCCAAAUAUAAGUUACCUUCAUGUAUGCACCAAGUGAAUA